AUGUCGCCCAACCAAGCUGCGUGGAGUUUAGCCUCCAAAGCCAAGCCUCUUGUGGUUCAAGACGCCCCGAUGCCCAAGCCUGGUCCCAUGCAGGUCGUGAUUCAAUCUAAAGUUAUUGCCCUUAAUCCCGUGGAAUGGAAGGUCCAAGACUUUGAUUUCUUCCACAACAAAUACCCUCUCAUCAUGGGUGCGGAUGUUGGUGGGCUUAUUGAGGAAGUCGGAGAAGGCAUCAGCCAUUUACACAAAGGGCAACGAGUGAUUGGAUACUGCAUGGUUCUCGGAGUUAACGAUGCUCGAUUCGGUGCGUAUCAGAGGUAUCCUCUGGUCUACGAAACUCUUGUCUCGCCCGUCCCGGAACACAUGAGCUUGACACAGGCUGUGGUGCUGCCUCUCGCCAUCACUACGGCCGCUGUGAGUCUGUAUCAUCCAAACCAUCUAGCUUUCCCUUUACCGCAGAAGGACCCGAUCAGGACUGGAAAGACGAUUCUGAUCUGGGGCGGUGCCUCCAGCGUUGGGGCAACGGCCGUGCAGUUGGCUGUAGCUUCAGGUUUUAAGGUUGUUGCGACGGCUUCAAAGCGCAAUCAUGAUCUAGUGUACUCUCUUGGUGCGUCACUCGUGCUCGACUAUAAGUCAGAAACCAUCGUGGACGACGCAGUGGCCGCGUUAGAGGAUUAUGAUCUCGCUGGAUGCUAUGAUGCCAUCUCCGAGCCCCAAACGUUGGAACCCCUUGGCGCCAUCUUGGAUCAGCUUGGACCGCAUAAGGUGUGCCUGGUUGUGCCUCCUACAAAAGAGGUUUCCCAUAAUAUGAAGUGGACGUUCUCGAUGACUUUCGAGAUAAUGGAUGACAAGGGUAAGCCUGUUGGUGAUUACAUCUGGCACAAGUAUGUACCUGAGGCUCUCGCCGAUGGUAGACUACAUCCGAAGCCAGAUCCCCUGGUGAUCAGCAGAGGUAUCGAAACCAUCCAGGAUGGUUUAAAUCGGCUGAAGAAAGGUGUCUCAGCUCAAAAGCUGAUCGUUGAAGUGUAA